UUCAUCUUGAGCCUUUUCUUCUGUUCCAGAUGCAUCUCCAUCUUCUUUGUGGAGUUUCAGAUGCACUUUGGAGUGGACUAUUCAGGGACAGCCUGGAUCCACAGUCUGGUGGACUGCACCACUAUGCUGUGUGCUCCUCUAGGCAGCUUCAUUGGGAACCGUCUGUCGUGCCGCAUCGCUGUGAUCCUUGGUGGCUUUCUGUCCUCCAUCGGCCUGGUCCUCAGCUCUUUCGCUACCAGCCUGGAGUACCUGUACCUCACCCUGGGGGUCCUCACAGGUAUUGGAUUUGCCCUCUGCUACACCCCUGCCAUAGCCAUGGUGGGCUCAUAUUUCUGUGAAAGGAAAGCCCUGGCGUACGGGAUCGCCAUGUCAGGCAGUGGCAUCGGGACCUUCAUCCUGGCCCCUGCCGUCCAGAUACUCAUAGAGCACUACUCAUGGCGUGGGGCCCUGCUCAUCCUAGGGGGUGUUGUUGCCAACCUGUGUGUUUGUGGGGCAUUACUGCGCCCUAUCACUCUGAAAGAAGAAGAGGAGGCUCAUGGUCCAAUCCCAUUGGACACCGAGUGUGGAUAUGGGGUGAAAGCUCCGGUGGUUAGCAUGUUAGAGGAAUCACUGGCGAUCAACAACAACAACAGCCACCGCUGCUUCUGUUUCCAGUCCAUGCAGGAGUACUGCUUCCUGCUCAUGCCUGACUUCCUGAUGCUGGCAGUGAGCUUCUUGUUCCUAGCCAGUGGCUGCAGUCUGCCCUUCGUUUACCUGGUUCCGUAUGCACUGGACGUGGGUGUGACCCACCACCAGGCCGCCUUCCUCAUGUCCAUCCUGGGGGUCAUUGACAUCGUGGGGAACAUCACCUUCGGCUGGCUCGUAGACAGGAGGUGCCUGAAGAAGUAUCAUAAUGUGUGCUACAUGAUAGCAGUGGGCAUGGAGGGGGUGUGCUGCCUCUUCAUCCCUCUCCUGCGGACGUUCGCCCUGCUGGUGCCUUUCUCUGUGUUUUAUGGGUACUUUGAUGGCGCCUACGUUGCCCUCAUACCUGUGGUGACCUCGGACAUUGUGGGGACACAUAACCUCUCCUCCGCCCUAGGGAUUGUCUACUUCCUACAUGCCAUUCCUUACCUGCUCAGCCCUCCAAUAGGAGGCUGGCUGGUUGACACCACAGGCACCUACACGGCCACCUUCUUCCUCAGUGGCUUUGCCCUCAUCUCCAGCUCCCUGGUCAUCAGCACGGUGACGGGGAUACGCCACUGUCGCAGGACCCAAAAGCACAGAACCAAAAAUAAAAACACAGACCCCAAACAGGAGCCUUGCCGAUCAGACUUCUACACAGCCUCAAGUAAAGAUGUGAACCCUUCAGUCAACACAGCAAAUUCUUAACAUUGGACGCUUUUGUGUAAUUAUGCAUUUGUUUUGUUAGAAUAUCAAAGCACAUUGAAGAUUAUGAGAAACGGUCAUCAACUGGUACACAUAAUCUAGCGUGAUAGUUCAGAAUUGGGAAUGACUUCCCUCAGAUGCUAAAUGGACACUAAAUGGAAGGUACAGUGCCUUGCGAAAGUAUUCGGCCCCCUUGAACUUUGCGACCCUUUGCCACAUU